UUGAGUACAAAUUUAGUUCAAAAACGGCUGCUAAAGUGUAAAUAACAAAAUGUUAAAAUGUUCGUGCUUGGAAUUGUUUUGAUUUUGAUCACUUCGUUCUACAUUUGGUUAAAAUGGAAUUACUCCUACUGGAAACGACUUCAAGUGCUCGGUCCGAAACCAACGCUUUUGGUGGGUAAUGUUGGACCAACUUUUACCUUUUCGGAACAUUGGGGUAUACUAGUCGACAAAUGGUACAGAGAUUAUUCAAACGAACCAUACGUUGGGUACUAUAAACUCUGGAAUCCAGCUAUUUUAGCUCGGGACGCUGAUUUGGUAAAAGAUGUGAUGAUUACAAAUUUCAAUAUCUUUCGUGAAAAUGGUGUUAAGGCGAGCAAAAAAUACGAUCCACUAUUGGCUGCAAAUCCAUUUUUUGCUUUAGAUGAAGAAUGGAAAACCCUGCGCAAACAAUUGACUCCAAGUUUUUCGCCAAGCAAACUCAAAACUAUUUCGCCGAUGAUGACUGGCGUUGGAGAUGAAUUUAUCAAAUUUAUAAAAUCUUAUACAUCUGAUCACGAUUUUGAGGCUAAGCAUCUUUCAAUGCGAUUCAUUACUCAAAAUGUGAUGAAGUGUGCAUUUAGUAUCGAUGCCGAUAGUUUCAAUAAAGAUCACGACUCCGAAUUUCUUUUAUUAUUAAAAGAAAUAUUCGAUCCAUCAUUAUUAGUUGGAUUAAAAUUUUUGGCGUGGCCACAUCUAUCACAAACUGUCGCUGACCUACUUCCAUUUCCAUUCAUCACCAAAUCCACAGACCGCGCCAUUCGACAUUUGAUUGAAACAAAUAAAGCGGCACGAUCUGGAAAUAUUCAAAGUCAAGAUUUUUUCCAAACAAUGCUUGAGAUUCAAAGAAAAUUUAAUUUCGAUGAUACUUUAUUGGCUGGUCAUGCAGUUUCUUUGUUCACCGAAGGCACUGAAACUUCAAACACAACCAUGUCAUAUGCUUUGUACGAAUUAGCAAAAAAUCCAGAAUGUCAAAGGAAAUUAUAUGACGAAAUUUCGAAAGUACUUUCAAAAUACGAUGGACAAAUUACAUUUGAUGCGAUCCAAGAGAUGCCCUAUUUAGAUGAAGUAGUACUGGAAACAUUACGAAUCCAUCCUCCCGUGCUAACAAUGAGUAAAGUUUGCACCGAAAACUAUACUUUGCCAAAAACUAAUGGACAAUCGGAACCAGUGACCAUUCGACCAGGAACUUUUGUUCAAAUCCCCAUAUACUCUAUUCAUAUGGAUCCGAAGCAUUAUCCAAAUCCAGAAGAAUUUCGGCCAGAACGAUUCAAUGAGGAAGAGCAACGCAAGCGUCAUAAAGGAACUUAUUUGGCUUUUGGAGAAGGACCGCGUAUUUGUCCAGGCAUGCGAUUUGGAAUGUUACAAGUUAAAUACGCUUUGGUACGCGCCGUUCAAAGUUUCAACAUCAAACUUUCGCCGAAUCAUAAACCGAUUGUUUUAGAUACACAAUCAUUUUUAUCCGUUCCAAAAGAUGGUAUUCUUGUUCGUUUUGAAUGUCGAUAAAACUAUGCUAAACUAUUCAUUUUUCUUUUGUCAAUUUAGCGAAGCAAAAUUAUUUGGUCACUUUUCUUCAUUCAUUUUGUAUUUAGAAUUAAUAUUAAACGCACUAACUUUCAAUAUUAUUGUUGGACAAUGUUAACACAUGGUCCACUUAAAAACAAAAUUUCUUUUGUAUGUAAUUAACUGGUUAAAAUGCUUUAAAUAUGAUAUUCAUACUAAAUUUAAUAAAUGAAAGAAACCAUUGUUUCAUUGGAAACAAGGACAAUCCAAUUUUCACUAAUAAACUGAACUACAUUUAAAAAGUG